AUGUUAGCACAAACACGUCCGGUAAUAUUGCAAGAUACUCGAGGGGAAGGUCGCAGCCCCUAUGCCAACUUUGUCGAAUUCCAUUAUGACGACUUUACGCGAGACGCCAUCGCUCUGCUUGAUCAUUUGAAUAUUGCACGUGUUGCCGUCCUGGGCUGGAGUGAUGGUGCGAUCACUGGCCUCAACUUGGCAAUGAAGUACUCUUCACGUAUUGACCGUGUCUUUGCCCAUGGCGCUAACCUGCAAGCUAAUAUGAGUAUUCCUGGCUCUAACGACCCUAUCAUUACUUCCAAAACUGGCAGUCUCGAUUCCGACAUUGCGACCAAUGGUACGACAUUUUCCCAAAAUCCAAAACUUCAAAGGCGAGCGGAUUGUCAUCACUACGCUUGUGAGGAUUUAAGCCCUCUCCCAGAUCGUUGUGGGGCCAUGGUGAAUGGCGUGAACUACAUGUGGAAAACAGAACCUGCCUGGGAUUCCAAAGAACUGGCGAAAAUCCAAUGUCCUGUCUGGAUAGUGGACGGAGACCAUGAUGUCGCGGUCAAGCGAAACCAGGCUGACGCACUGGCAGCUUGGAUUCCCUAUGCUGGCGAGCUGAUCCUACCGCAGGUUGGCCAUGUCGCUCUCCUCCAAGACCCUAUAUUGUUCAAUUUUGCUGUUAAAUACUUCAUGGAUAUGCGAUUUGACGGGGUAUUUCCAAUAUAUUAA